AUGUUGACUAAUACUCAUGCGAUUAUCUACCUGGACUUGCAUAAACAUCUAACGGCUAAGUGUCCUAUAAAUCUUCUUCGGCCUGGACCCUCUAACUACUCCGCAUCUUCUUUGCCAGCUGCUGCAUCAGCAUUUUCUGUAGAGACUGGAGUCGCAUCUAACUCUGCGCCGUUGAACCCUCCAGUGCUAGCAACAACAGUGCCUACCCCCAGCUCUGCUUCUUCAGUAAAUUCCACUACUGCCUCCUGGCGCAUAUGGUGGUGGUAUUCUUGGAUGACUGGCACUUCAGACACCAAUGUGGCUAUCAGCUUACCCUCCCUCGAUGAUCCGAAAGAGGUAUUUAAAACUGAAGUGUCAAAGUCUAAUGUGACUUCUGAUUCUUCGCCCGAAUUUGGCGACUGUGAGACUGGCAUUACUGCAGAGACCGACCUCGAGAGGGAUUUCGACACUGCAUUUCUCAUGCUGAUGAACGAGACGGCUAGAUACGAUCCCGGAGCAGACUUCGUGUCUUGCUGUUCCAGUGCAACAGAGGACGCCGUUUUUCUUCGUCUCACCUGCAGUCUCCGUGGCUGUCAUCUUCGUUUAGUUACAAGUAAUCGUAGUUCAUGCCCAGAAUCGGUCUCUGACACACCUAGCAGCUAUCAAAUCACGAAACUUGAGCCACUUAUUUGUGUCUCUUGCGAAAACGUGCACUUCGGUCUCGAAACACGGCCCAGUUCCAAUGGUUUUCGAGUCACCGCCGGCCUCGAAUCGCUCACUGUGAUUGAUGAACGUCUAAUGCCUGGCCCCAGUUCAAACAUUUAUGACCUACUUGCUUCGUCUCGACCAAAGAAAACUACCACAUCUCCUAGCACCACUAACUCCAAUUUAAGCACUACUGCUCAUCACACCGAUAACCCCACAAUAACCGCCUCUUGGAGACCGCUUUUUCCUAUCCUAGUUUCUACUCAACCCCCAUCUAUAUCAUCCGGAGGCAGACAAAGCCCUUCAGGGUCCCUCUCUAAGCGCUUAUUCUGGCUUGAUUAUCAACUUGCACCACUUGAUGGAAAAGCUGAUUACAGGUUCGAAUCACCUUCGCGUCCGUUCUUUUAUAUAUCUUCGCACUAUUUUUUUUCUCUAAAAGAUUCCCUUUGUUUUAACUACUUAUGUCCCGGAAUCACAUUUUCAAGCGCGUUUUAA